AGAGAGAGAGAGAGAGAGAGAGAGAGAGAGAGAGAGAGAGAGAGAGAGAGAGGGAGAGAGAGAGAGAGAAGAGAGGGAAUGAGUGAUAGGGAAGAAGAAUGAAGAAAAAAGAUGAUGUAAUUGAGACAUAAUAGAAGGGAGAGAGCAGAAAUGAAAGGAAAGGAAAUCACAAUCAGGGAAGAGCUAAGUACCUUCAUUGUUACAAUCAGGGGAGAGCCAAAUCCAAUCUUCACAAGGGAGAUGAGAAAGUAGAGAAGGGGGAGUGAGAGUAGGGAGAGAAGAUAUUUGGGAGAAAGGAGAGAUGAGAAAGGAGAGAAGAGAAAAAGAUGAGUAAGAAAGAGAAGAUUAAAGAAAAGUGAGAGGUGAAUGAUGAAAGGAAAUAAAGAUUGGAGCGGAGAAAAAGGUAAGAGGGAAGAGAGAGAGAAUAAAAGAAAUGAUAGAGGUAAGAGAGAGAAGUUAGAGUAAAGAACGAGAAGAAAGAUGAGCAGGGAGAAAGGAGAAGGAAACGAGAAAGAGAUAUAUGUGGGUCUGGAUGAAUUAGACAUCAUUUCUCUCUAAAUCUUGGAACUUGAAUGUUGCCAGGGCAACAGGGCAAUACCUGUUUUUUCUGGAGGAUAAGAUGUAGUUGCUAGGGCAACAGCAUCCUGUCUUUUCAGGGACCUCCUGAAAUGUGGAAAGGGUAGUUGCCAUGACAACCCUUUUUUGCCCCACUUAAUCCUAGCCCAUCUGCUUCAAUCACCCCAGCGUUCUGGGUGGUGCUGGAGAUUAUUUAUUUAUUUUAUCUGGGGAGUAAGUUUUUUCUUCUUUCCCCCCUCCAAGUCUCCCUGGGUUCUGGCUUCCCCUUCCCCCGCCCCCGACCUGGGCCCUAUGGCCUGCAGGUGUUUGGAAGGCAGUUGCUGGGGCAACGGAAACAGGGCGUUUCAGAGGUGGUUGCCAUGGGAACCUGGAUGCUGACGAAGGCUUGUGAGGCUUAGAGGAGACAAAUUGCCCUCAUCAUUAUCUCCAAGCUUGCCAAUCAAACCCAUUCCCUCAUUUCCCUCUGCUCGGGAAAGCGAGCAGCUGGGAGCCCCCAGAGGAGCCGAGUAGAGGAGUGGCAUCAGUGAGCUGUGAGCUGUCGCCUGCCUUCCAGCCCGGCUCUUCUCUAGCUCCACAGCUCUCCUUACCUGGCUUUGUCUCCUCGCCUUGCUGGGCAGCAUGGCCACAAUCACCUGCACCCGUUUCACUGAGGAAUAUCAGCUCUUUGAAGAACUGGGCAAGGGUGCCUUUUCCAUCGUGAGAAGGUGUGUGAAAGUUUUAGCAGGUCAAGAAUAUGCAGCCAAGAUUAUCAACACUAAGAAGCUCUCAGCUCGAGAUCAUCAGAAGCUAGAGCGAGAGGCCCGCAUCUGCCGCCUGCUAAAGCAUCCGAACAUUGUCCGACUCCAUGACAGCAUAUCAGAGGAGGGGCAUCACUACCUGAUAUUUGACCUGGUCACGGGUGGGGAGCUAUUUGAGGACAUUGUGGCCAGAGAGUACUACAGUGAGGCUGAUGCCAGUCAUUGUAUCCAGCAAAUUUUGGAGGCUGUGCUGCACUGUCACCAGAUGGGAGUGGUACACCGAGACCUGAAGCCAGAGAACUUGCUCCUGGCAUCCAAGUUGAAGGGUGCUGCAGUGAAGUUGGCUGAUUUUGGCCUGGCCAUCGAGGUGGAGGGAGAGCAGCAGGCAUGGUUCGGCUUUGCAGGGACACCAGGGUACCUCUCCCCAGAAGUUCUCCGAAAGGACCCCUAUGGAAAACCUGUGGAUCUUUGGGCAUGUGGGGUCAUCCUCUACAUCUUGUUGGUGGGAUAUCCUCCUUUCUGGGAUGAGGACCAGCACCGACUAUACCAGCAGAUCAAAGCUGGAGCCUAUGAUUUCCCAUCCCCGGAAUGGGACACAGUUACCCCAGAAGCAAAGGACCUGAUUAACAAAAUGCUCACCAUCAACCCUUCCAAGCGCAUCACAGCUGCAGAAGCCCUCAAGCACCCCUGGAUCUCUCACCGAUCUACAGUGGCCUCCUGCAUGCACAGACAGGAGACCGUGGACUGCCUGAAGAAAUUCAAUGCCAGAAGGAAACUGAAGGGAGCUAUCCUUACCACCAUGCUGGCCACCAGGAACUUCUCUGGCGGGAAGAGUGGGGGCAACAAGAAGAAUGAUGGUGUGAAGAAAAGAAAGUCCAGUUCCAGUGUUCAGUUAAUGGAAUCCUCUGAGAGUACCAAUACCACCAUUGAAGAUGAAGACACCAAAGUGAGAAAGCAAGAAAUCAUUAAGGUGACAGAACAGCUGAUUGAAGCAAUAAGCAAUGGGGAUUUUGAGUCCUACACGAAGAUGUGUGACCCUGGGAUGACAGCCUUUGAACCUGAGGCUCUGGGAAACCUGGUUGAAGGCCUGGACUUCCAUCGAUUCUACUUUGAAAACCUGUGGUCCAGGAACAGCAAGCCUGUCCAUACUACCAUCCUGAACCCCCACAUUCACCUGAUGGGUGAUGAGUCAGCCUGCAUUGCCUACAUCCGCAUCACACAGUACGUGGAUGCUGGUGGGAUCCCUCGCACUGCUCAGUCAGAGGAGACCCGCAUCUGGCACCGCCGGGAUGGCAAAUGGCAGAUCGUCCACUUCCACAGAUCAGGAGCACCUUCAGUCCUACCACAUUGAAGUUGUGAUCAGAUUGUAUACUCCCUGGCUGCACCACGGAGAUCCAUCUUUCUUCAUCUGUGGCAUGUGGCUGCUGGUUCUACCAUGUGCUGGAAUUCCCACCACCACCAUCAUCAUCACCACCACCACCAAGUUCUUCACAAAAGCCAAGAAAAUCUGCCAACCGACUCAAGCCAUUACGCACCAGAGAACAAACGGCCACAGUUACUUAUUUACUUUUCUUUUUCCCUUUUCUCUCUCUCUGUUUUGCUUUGUCAUUUAAUUUUUUGAUUGUGUGCAUGAGCCAGGCCCAGGGGUCCAGACUGGCAUUCCUCUGCCUGGGUCAGCUGCUCCCAACACUUGGGACAGAGAAUAAUGUGGAGGGACCAUUCCCCCCCACCCCCAUCUCCAACCCAUAUUCCUCACCCCAAGCUUGGGAGCUAAUAAUUUCCCAAGUGCUCACUCUUCUCUGCCGGAUGUGUUGCUUAUUUCCUACAGUCUACCAUUCUUUGUAGAGAUGGGUAGAUGGGAAAUCAAGCUUGUUCCAUGGUGAUGCCAGACCUUGUUUGCUAGCUAGCAUAGUGAGCAGUUCUUUGCUUGCCAGCCCUCCUGAUGUCUCAGGAGCUUUCUCUGUUCCUGCCUCUCUUUUGAGGCACUUUUAGGAGAAGGGCAGCUGACCCAAUAGAGAAGGUCAUUUAUGGCAAAGAAGGGAAACUGAGGAAUCUGGCUGUGAGCAUGAAUUAGCCAGAUUCUUUGCCUUGGGUAUCCAAAUACAGGUACUGCCUUUAUCACUCCCUUCUGUGUUCUCUCCUUCCCUUAGUGAGUUGUCAUUCUCCUCUCCUGCUGUUCUCUUUUUGCCUUUUUUUUCCCUCUGAAAAUUGAAAUGUACUUUAUUUGUUUAUUUAUUUUAUUUUUGGGAAAACAAGCAGUGUUAAGAACACUGGUGCUAGAUCAGGGUACUUGUCGUUUCCUUUUGAUUUGAUGGGGCCGUUUGCUUCAAAUACUGACUUCAUUGAACCCAUUCUUCCAGCAUAGAUUGAGUUUAGUAACACUUGAGAGAGAAAAGCUGAUCAUCUUUUGGGGGGAAAAAAGAAAAGCUAAAAGCAACUUUUAGGAAUCUCUUCUACUUUGACCGCAUGCCUUUUGAUAUCCAAACUUCUGUGUAUUUGGGAAAUUGAUUUCAUGUAUUUGCUGAAAUGGGUCUUUAUGUAAUAGCUAAACAUCUUAUUACUUUGGGGGAAGGGUGGGUUAGGGUAGGGUAGUUGUUUCUUUCACUUCUCUCGCUUUCUCUCUUUUUCCCUUAACUUCUGAAGCUAAAUGUGUAACGACUGGGUGUCUGCGGUAUAGGUGAGCACUACCUCUCAUCCUUGGGGGAGUCUCUCCUUUCUACCCUCUCCUAUGCAUCAGCCCCCCUGGGUUCCCUUCUGUUUUGCUGAGAUAGUUGGAGUUGGGAGAAGCGUUGCAUGCUGAUGUGAAUAUUGAAACAGCUGGCUACAUCUGACCACAAUUGGCCAUGAAGGAUGUCAGAAAUGACAAGGGAGAACUUGGCCAAAUGGAGAAAUGUCUUGACCUCCUGGAUCCCCACCAGAAGUUUUCCCUGGACCUUUAUGAAGAGCCAAGUCAUCUAUGUGGCUCAGUGGACCCUUCUUGACCUCACCUUUAACAGGGCAUUCCAGCAGUGGAUGGGAGAGGUCAGAGAGACCCUACAUAGCCUGAUGCUAUGUGGCCUUUCCCCAUGGGGUCUGAUGGUAUUUCUAAUGUUUAUUUCACCCUUCAGUUUCCUGCAUUUUCUUGCUCUUACUCUCCCUUGGUUUUUUUCCCUUUCUCCCUGGAUUGACUGACGUAAGAUGCCCUGGCCCUUCCAGCAGGGCUGUGUCUGCACUGUGUUCCUUGCAUGACCUAACACUGUAUAUGCAGUAAAUUUAUUGACAAAAACAAUCAUGUGUUUUGGACAAGAAAAAAAAGAAAAAUGGAAAAAAGAAAAAAGAAAAAAGGUUGUAUUCUUCAUGUUCCAUUUGGAAUUGUGUUGCUGCCUUUCUUGUGUCUCAUAGACUUUGUGUGGCCAUGUUUUGCCAGAGCAAAGAUCAUUUCUCCUGAGUAUCUUGGGAGAGGAAGGGCCCCCCAAUGAGGGGUCAAAGAUUGAGCUCUGGGAGAUGGCUCCCAUCCAGCCCACUGACCUCCACAUGAGUCCUGCAUGUGGAGUGAGGGUAGACAUAGGACUAUCAAAUGAUUUCCAGUCUGGGCAUUUUCUGAGUCUUCCCUGCUUGACUUCCAUGUGAGUGAGAUCUGCAGAAUGACAGACAGUGUUCAAUCCCCUGGUCCUUCCUCAGCACCUUUGGGUUCAUUGGGUCCUUUUGUGUCACCAAGGAUGGGGAAGUAGAAGAAGGUACCAGCUAUAGCUAGAGGCAGGAUAACUAGAGCUCCUGGGGAUAUGAGUUGGAUCACUGAAAACAGAGGAAAGAAGGACUAAACAAGAGUUAUUCCCAAAAUCACUGGGCCAGCACAUUAAGUCAUGGUCCUUUUUUGCUCUACAGGUCUCUUCUGUAAGGCACUGAGGUAGGGGGUAAAUAGGUAGGGAAUACAUAAAUGCACUAGUCAGAGUCAGAGUCUAGCCAACCUUUGGUACCAUUGACUAUGGCAGUGAGCAGAUACUGGUCCCAAAUCCCAGUGUUUUAUUGGGAAUAUCUUCCAGGAGUUCAGGUAAGAGAAUGUCUCUGGUUUCUCACUCGGCUCCCCAGAUUAGUUCUUGCAAUCUAAAUGGUCUUUCACCAAUGGUCCCCCCCUUUUUUUCUUCCCUUUUUGAAAGCUCUUCCGUUCUCCCUGACUGUAUUCUUGGGCUCUGUAGUUGACCAGAACUUUUUCAGUCUGCUUUCCUUCAAGCUUACUCAGGGCCCACUAUUCCCAGGCUAACUUUUUAAUCAUAUGUUGUUUCCCUUGUCCCAGAAUAAAUGCUCACCAUCCCAUCGACCCAAUGGAUUAGGCUGCAGGAGCUUGUCACUUCCUUUCUCUAAGCUUGCUUCCCUGUCUAUAAAUGAUGGGGUUGGAUCAGAUGAUCUCUGAAGUUCCUUACUAUUUUAAAGCUUAUGAUCUCCUACCUCUGGUCCCCCAGGGGACCCUGAGCAGAUUGGGAGGGGUCCACUAGAGAAACUCUAGACUCCUCUUAGAUACUGAAGAGAAGAGGGGUUCUUUUAUUCCCCCUUCCUUCCUUCCUGCCUUCGUUCCUUCCUUCGUUCCUUCCUUCGUUCCUUCGUUCCUUCGUUCCUUCCUUCCUUCCUUCCUUCCUUCCUUCCUUCCUUCCUUCCUUCCUUCCUUCCUUCCUUCCUUCCUCCAACCCCAAAUCCUUUCUAGGUAUCCCAACAACUACCUGGUAUCCUGACAGUGGAAGGAAACCUGGAAUUUUAUGAUUUAUCUUUUUGGAUUUCCUCCUCCCCCUUCCCACUUGGAUUCUAGUUUUGGCUCAAUGAAAGACUCCCUAUCUGGCUUCUUUACCUUUGGGGGCCUUAAUCACCUCAUUUGUAAGAUGAAGGUAGAGUAGGCAGUUGGCCCAAAUGAGCUUCAAGGUUCCUUCCAGUCCUAAUGUUCUAGUCCACAUUAGCAAACUGAGCCAUAGGGAUGUUUAUUCCCUUGCCAAUGAUGAUCUGUUACUUUAUCAAAGAGUUUAUACAUCUGUUAUCUGAUUCUAUCUUUCAAAUUGCCUUUUGCAGGAGGUGAGGCAGGAAUGGUCACCUCAGUUUUAGAUGAGAAAACUAAAGAAUGGUCCCCAUGUCUGUUCCAAAUAGAACUCUAGGAACAGCCAUCCUCCUGUCCAUCUACCCCCUCUAAAGCCAAGUCACCCCACCCCUUAGUGCCUUAUAGGCUUGGGGACUAGUUGUCCUCUACCCCUCUUCUCCCUGCCCCCUGCAGUUGCUUUAAAUAGUAACUUCCAAAACAGUUAGAUGGGCAGGAAAAUCCGCUCACAAUGGAAUCAGGUGGCUAUGUCAUUUCCAACUUCACACGUGCCCCUGUGUCUUUUGAAUGCCUUUUAAAAUCCUGUUAUGUAAGGAUGGUUAUAAGGAAUUGGCCAAGUUGAAUUUGGUGAAGGCUUGGGGUAUAUCUGAUUUCUGUCUUCACAUAUCUGUAGGGAUUAUUCUAUUUGGCUCUUGAGGACAAAACUAGGAACAAUGAAAAGGAGUUGCAGAAAGGAAUAUUUUGGCUUUAUAGGGGGGAAAUAUUCUAAUAAUUAGAGCCAUCCAAAUGCGGAAUGUGCUUCUUUGGGAGGCAAUGAGAUCUGUCAUCUGAGGCCCUUAUGUAUAAAUUAGAUGACCAAUUGUCAGGAAUGUUAUAGAGGGAAUUCCUUCUCAGGUAUGAGUUGGACUAGAAGGUCUCUGAUGUACCUUCUAGCUCUGAGAUUCUGUGAUUCUAGAUCCUAGUGUCAUUGGAAUAAUGGCAUGUAUGAGUAUGUUUGUGUCUGCAUAUGUGAGGAUCAUCCCUUCCCCCUCCCCCAAUUAAUCACCCUCAGGUAAUGGGGUGGCCCACCCCUCUGGGUCACCCUCAGCUCAGGCUGUAAUCCCUAUAGAUAAGUUAGAGUUUGUGGGGACAAGGAAACCUGACUCUCUUCUGUUGGGGUCAUUUCUCUGCCCCACUCCCUAUCCCCAAGCCCAUUCACUGAUGUGUUGAGGAAAGUUCCCUGACUGGGGAUUAGAGGAGAGCCUUGAAUCUUGGUCCUUCUUGGUGGCUAGCUCAGAUAAAGUGACACCAGGAAUUCCCUGGAGAUGGAAGAGAAGUGGCACAUAGCAGAUGAGUGUCGGGGCAGUCUUCACUCAAGCUCCUUGAGGGCAGUAGAAGCCCUUGACCCCUGUUAGUCCUACCUACUCUGACCAUGGAGCUCUCUGGCCAUCCCCUAGAAGCAUAGCCAUUCAUCAAUGCAGAGUAACAAUAGGAAGAAUCAUAGCUGGGGUCAGAAACACAAAAACUUGAAUUUUUAGUCCCAGCUGUGUGCUACUUAGCUGAACUUUGGACAAAUUUCUUAACCUUUCUUGGCCUCGGUUUCUCCAACGAUUAAAACUAGAGCAUAUUGAACUAGAUUUCUAAGCUUCCUUCCAGCUCUGACAUCCUAUCAGCAUAUGACCAAGCAACUACUUUUCCUUCAAUGCCCAUUCAUUUAUCCAGCCCCUCUCUUCUUAAGGUGAGCUUCCUUCUCUAUCCUUAGCACUCUUGUGCCAGACAGACCCCUUUGCCUCUCAUUCUGCUCUUCAAGAGGAGUCAGCUGGUGAAGGUGGGACAAAGGGAGGUAAGGCAAAGGGGUAUGGGAUAGGCAUUCUCUUUUCUAACUCUUGUACAUUUUAGAGGCAUAAUAAUCUCUGCUCAAAUGGGCAGGACCCAAACCCUAACCCAAGCACCCGAACAUUGUAUGUGGGACUCUAGAGCUCAUGUAAUUGCAAAAAAAAAAAAAAAUCCAAGGAUAUAUUUUUUAAAAUAUAUUUAAAGUCCCCCCCCCCUCACCUCCCUGCUCAUGGAGCAAAGCCUGGCCCCUGCUUCUCUCUGGUCUAGAUAAGGCUUGAGGGGACCUCAUUUGGGACAUGUUUGCCAGUGUGCCCUGCUGCAUUGUUACUGGGGUUUUUGGGGGGUGGGGUUGGGAACUUGUGGUUGUGAUCUGAAUAAUAAUCACUGUUUAAAUUUUAUGUUGUUUGGUGGGGAGGGAGGAAGUGAGGGUGCUGUCUGUUUUAUUCUUGAUGUUUCCAGUGCAAUAAAGAGCUACUAACUUCUGUGCAUGACAA